UGUCCCAUCUACGUACGAAUUUGCAUAUUUCUCUGAGGACACAUGUUCUAUCGUCUGCGUUUUGUAUUAUUUUGAUUGCGAAAUCAUACUGUUUUUGUCUUAAAUAGCAGAAAACAGUUACUUUUGUUAUCAAGAAAGUUGUGCAGCAAGGUGUCAGAGUCCGUUCUACCAACAUUUAAUCCUCCUUUUAUUAGAAAAAAAUGCCGAAAAAGAAGGACAAGAAAAAGGCUGUUGAAGAGGAAUGGUACGGCGACGAAGCGGAAAAGAAGGCAUUGGCGAACGGGGCUGACGAAGCAGCAGACGGCAGUGGUGGAGAAGGGGAUGGGAAGUCUGCCGCAGCUGGCAAAACAAAGAAAGCCAAGAAGAAAGACAAGAAGAAGAAAGACAAGUCUUGGAUGACAGGAGAAGGUAACAACGACGACGAGGAAGACUUGAUGCUGGAAAAGAAGAUGGAGAGUUUAGCUGUUGAGGAUGAUGAGGAGGAGGAUAUUACACCAGUAAAAUCGAAAAAGAAUAAAAAAGGAGGUUUUGCUGCUCUGAGUGUUCUUGAAGAUGAGAUGCCUGACAGUGAAGAGGAGGAGACAGAAGAAGUCGAGGAGAAACCAAAGAAGACAAAGGGAAGAGACAAGAAGGAAAAGACAAAAGGUCGCACAAAGGAAGAUGAUGAUGAAGACUACAUGGAUGAUCAGAAUGAAGAUGAAGCACAAGAACAGAGUCAAGAUCCUUCUCCAGAGCCAAAGCCAAAUUCAGAGCCAGCAGAGAAGACAAAGAAGAUCAGCAAGAAAGAAUUGAAGAAACAAAAGAAGCAUCAAGAGUUCCUACAGUCGAUGCAGUUGGCCAGCGUCGGAGAUGACUUGUCACAAUUCUCGCUAUCACAACAAGAGAAAACGACCAAGGGAGCAUUACUAGAGAAUGCCACAGACAUCAAGAUUGAGAAGUUUUCAAUAUCUGCAGCUGGUAAGACACUGUUUAACAAUGCAACAUUAGCCAUCGCACAAGGAAGACGAUAUGGCCUAGUCGGACCUAAUGGUAUGGGAAAGACAACUCUGCUGAAUCAUAUUGCAACAAGAGCCUUAGCCAUUCCACCAAAUAUAGAUUGCCUACUAUGUGAACAGGAGGUAAAAGCUGAUGAGACACCAGCAUUUGAAGCCGUUCUGAACUCAGACACCAUACGAUUGAAGCUCAUGAAAGAGGAGAAAGAAUUAAUAGCAGAGAGUGAACGAGGAGACGAUACUCACAGUGAACGGUUAAAACAGGUCUAUGAGGAAAUGGAGGCAAUAGGAGCCCAUUCUGCCGAAGCAAGAGCUAGAAGAAUACUGGCGGGUUUGCAAUUUACACCAGAUAUGCAGAAGAAAGCGACACAAGACUUUUCCGGCGGGUGGAGAAUGCGUGUAUCAUUAGCAAGAGCAUUGUUCAUGGAACCAACAUUACUCAUGCUGGACGAACCCACAAACCAUCUCGACCUUAAUGCUGUUAUCUGGCUCAACAACUAUUUACAAGGAUGGAAGAAAACGCUUCUUGUCGUUUCUCACGACCAGCAGUUUCUUGACGAUGUCUGUACGGAUGUGAUCCAUCUAGACAUGCAGAAACUACAAUACUACAAGGGAAAUUACAAUGCCUUCAAGAAAAUGUUCAAGCAGAAGAGGAAAGAACAGCUCAAGGAAUAUGAGAAACAGGAAAAGAAAAUUAAGGAUCUCAAGUCAAGAGGGAAGUCAACAAAAGUCGCAGAAAAGGAGACGAAGACUCAACAGGGUAAGAAACAACAAAAGAACCGUAAGAAGGGAGACCCUACAGAGGAUGAGCUUGAGGCGGUGGAACUCCUACAAAAACCACGGGAGUAUGUCGUCAAGUUCACCUUCCCCCAGCCUCCAAAACUCAACCCGCCGAUCCUUGGUCUCUACUCUGUUGAUUUUGGAUAUCAUGGUCAAGACUUGCUCUUUGAGAAACUGGACUUUGGUAUAGACAUGGAAUCCAGAAUUGCCAUCGUUGGGCCGAACGGAGUCGGAAAAAGUACGCUACUGAAUUUACUAAAGGGAAACAUAGUUCCGGAAAUUGGUGAGAUGAGAAAGAAUCAUCGACUGAGGAUAGGUUUUUACAGUCAGCACUCUGCAGAUCAACUGGAUUUAGAUGAGUCGGCCGUGGAGUAUCUACAGAGAUGCUACAAUCUCGGCUACCAGGAGGCUCGUAAGACCCUCGGUCAGUUUGGAUUGAUCAGUCACGCUCACACCAUUAAAAUCAAGGACUUGUCCGGCGGUCAGAAGUCUCGAGUAGCGUUUGCUGACAUGUGCAAAAAGGAGCCAGACGUCAUCAUACUUGACGAGCCGACGAACAACCUAGACAUUGAAUCUAUUGAUGCCCUUGCUGAUGCUAUCAAUGCCUUUCAGGGAGGGGUGAUCCUUGUUAGUCACGACGCCCGCCUCAUCACAGAAACCAACUGCCAGCUUUGGGUGGUAGAGGACAAGGGUGUGAACGAGAUCGACGGAGACUUUGAAGACUACAAGAGAGAACUCCUUGAGGAACUGGGAGAACUUGUAAAAGAAUAGGAAGAGGAAGGUACUCCUGUUAUUACCUUCUAACUGCACGGAACUGCAAUGAGAGUGCAGCUAGGUCAUUAUGAAACACUAAUGGCCUUGGUACAGAGGGUAAUAUGAAAUACUAAUGGCCUUGGUACAGAGGGAAAUAUGAAAUACUAAUGGACUUGAUACAGAGGGAAAUAUGAAAUACUAAUGACCUUGGUACAGAGGUUAAUAUGAAACACUAAUGGCCUUGGUAGAGAAGGCAAUAUGAAACACUGAUGGCCUUGGUACAGAGGGUAACUUCAACAACUUUACUUGAGGUUUGUCUGUAUGAACAGUUAGUGACUGAUUGUCCCUACAUGUUCUUUAGGGUUGGCAAUAAAAAAAACGCUAAUAGUAAAUAUAAAAGAAUAUUCCAGAGCUUUUGGUUUCAGCGGCCAGACUUUCAAGUGACUAACAUGAGGUUCGUUUUUACAAAUCCAAAAAUAUUGUAGAUGCUACAAACAAGUUGGUACAUAAUUAUUUAUGUAGCAUUCAAUUUGUGAAAAAUUCAACUUGUGUAUCAUACAGUAGUACAGGCUGAACCCAACGAUUUAUAGAGAAGGCACAAGUUUGGGACCUGAAGCUUUAUCUAUCAAAAGAACAUAAAGUGUGCAUGGACGCCAUUUCGGUAAGCAAAUCUUUUGUUAUACUAUUGAUAGCAACGGUCGUUGUCUGCACUGAUCUAUUGUUGCAUCAAAAGACUUGCUUACUGAAAUGGCGUCCAAUGCAUACCUCACCUCAACCUUUAGUUCCCUAUCUCGCGCUGUCUUUUGCUCUAUAAUUAUUGGCUACACAAUAGAAUUAAAACCCUGGAUAAUGUUAUUUUCUUAUGUUUAUCUCUGCAUAUAUGCAGUUACCUUUAGAAGCAAUAUGUCCACAGUUGACAUAAAGGGCGCUAAACAAGCAUAUGCAAAUAAAAUAGCUGAGAAUUUUUAUCCUUUUUUUGUGGACAACACUCAAAAUUACCAGAACUAAAACUUAAAUACUUAAUGAUGUAGAGAAGUAUUUCAUGAUUGUACAUGUCUCUACUGUAUUAAGUUUGUUUCUGGAAUAAAACGUAUUUAUUUCAGAACUGUAUUAUGUGGGUGUUACAUGAAACAGAAUUAAAUAACAAGUCUAAGAAUUAAAAACACUAAAAAUAUGAAA